AUGUCUUCCUCUGAUCAAAGCGCGUCUACGUCCGGCUCUCAGAACAACGAGUCGAUUCAGUUCACUGCGGAUCAGCUCGCGUGCCUUCAUGCUCACAUGCCAGAGCUCGGAGAAGACGAAAUUUUCUAUGCUCCCGAGGUUACCGAUAAGUUCACCGACCUCCAGACCCUCAUUCAAAUCCACCUCGGACGUCACACUCGAAACCAAUUGUUCCAACUUCACCAUGACAUCGCUCUUUUGUUGAAAUGCGACCCCUACGGAAUGCCAAUCGACGAAGACGUUAUGGAGUCCCGGAACGCCACUCCAACGAAGUCGGCAGUCCUCGAGACUUUCCUCGGCAACGACAAUCACCACCAGCCGCGGGCUAGUCGGACCGAGUUCACCGAGGCUAAGGCUGACACUGAUUCCGACACUUCUCGCCAGAAGUCUUCUGAUGGCGUCAAUAACCUUCAGGCAGGCGCUCAUCAGGAAUCGUUGGCUCCAGUCGACAAGGGAAAGCAGCCACGACUUUCUCCCUCUUCGGUUAUCGAGGAUGGCUCACCUCGCCGUCAUCUCUCCCCCUCUCCUCUCAUUGGACAACGAUCUCCGCGACCAUCGACCGUCUCGGUCAGUGGCGCAGGUCGACAAUUGCAAUCUAUGAUGAUCGACGAGGAUAAGCCGGUUAAAGCUCUCCCCGUCAGGGUUUCGUCCGCCACUUUGCGUUACGCUUCGGUCCUCCCCGUUGCCGCUCCUAUCUCUGCCGACAUCAACGAAGACUACGACGGCCCAGAGGAGUGUAGUUUGAAGUUCACGACUAUCAAAAACGUAGCGGAUGCAUUGAAAGCUUUGAAAAGGGCCGGCAACAUCAAGGCAUUUUAUGGCGCCAUGGAUCAGGACGCUUCUUUAUGGUUGCAUAAGUUUGAGGUCACCCUGGCGCUUAACUUUAUAGAUCAGUCUAUUUUUGUGCCGAUGGUCUAUCAAUACCUUAAAGGUUCGGCCCUCACUGCACUGACGGAUGUAGCGAAACGUGGGAAGCAACCUCUCACCAUGAAUGGUGUUCUCAACUUUCUCAAGGCCCACUUCCCCUCGACGGUCGACAUCACGAGCAUCGAUAAUCAGCAUCAAGCCUUGAAGCAACGUUCCGGCCAGUCAGUUCUGGAUUUCUGGACUGAAUACCAGGAUUUCAUGAUCGCAGCGGCUCACGUCGACUAUCGUUACAACCCUACCGAGGAUUUCGUCAAACGAUUACAUCAUAAGAGUGCGGCUCAGGAGCACGUCAAGGAUGAAGUUUUACGUUAUAAGAGAGUCGGGGUUGUACUUAAGGUUCACAAGGUUGCCCAGAUCGCCAUCAGCAAGGAUAACGACAUGGUCACCGAUCAAGGUUUCAGCAAUGGAAAUCAAUCCUCGAACUCAAGAUUCCGUUCAAACGACAAUCGUUCGAACAAUUCGAACCGUCAAAACAACUUCAGACGCCGCGAUCAGGUUCAGAACGUCUCAGAUUCAUCUAACAACCGCGGCAAGAAGCGCAAGUCAGACGAAAAUCAUCAAUCUCGGCAAAGGUCUAGGAAGUUGGUGUCUGACGUUAAUGGCAACACCGUUGACGGUCUUAAGUGCUACAACUGCAAUCAGUUUGGUCAUCGUUUCGGUACUAUCGAAGCGAAGCUAUGCCCGAAUCCCACGUCGGAUCAAACUAAGGAGUAUUUUGAUGGUAAACGGCAAGCCGGCUCGUCAUCAAAAGAUCAGGCAAAGAAGUAG